AUGAGACUAAUUGUGGGAAAUCAUGAACAAUUCCUCUCUUGUGAGUUACUCUUCAAGUUGAAGAUUGCGGGAGCUGGGAUCUGGCGGUGCCAUGAGGGAACUGGAAGCUUCGUGUUUUCAUCAUCUGUGCCGCACGACUCGAAUCCAAUCAUGCCAACGCCCAACAACCACAGUGCAGUGAUGGAGGUGCCUCAUGUGAGGCAAACUCAAAGCUGGGACUGUGGUUUGGCGUGCGUGGUGAUGGUGCUUGAAGCAAUGGGCAUAAAGGGGGUGGACUUAGAUACGAUCAAGCAGCUGUGUCCAACACAAAGCACGUGGACUGUGGACCUGGCCUACCUGCUCCACCGCUUUGGCCUGAACGUCCUUUUCCUGACGGUCACCAUCGGCGCCAACCCCGACUUUGCCUCCGAGUCCUUCUACCUGGACAACAUGGAGGAGGACGAGCACAGGGUGAACCGGCUGUUUCGAGAGGCCGCCUCCAAAGGGAUAACCAUCUGCUCCUGCUCCAUGUCGGCCACCCAGCUGCAGCAGGCCAUCCUGUCUGCUCGGUGCUUGGCCAUCGCCCUGGUUGACAAGAGGAAACUGAGCACUUGGUUCAAUGCCACGCAGCUGUUGGGGCCCCAGCUGUGCUCUGUGGCGAGCGGCUACACCGGGCACUACGUGGUGAUCUGCGGCUACGACGCCCAGCGGCAGGCCUUUCUGAUACAGGACCCUGCGCGGUCCAUGCCAUCAGGCAUGUGGGUGGCCGCAGACGUGCUCGAAUCGGCAAGGAAGUCGUUCGGCACGGAUGAGGACUUGCUGGUGAUUUCCACACAGCCUUUGAAAACAAAUGACCUCCUUGUGUGA